UAUAAAGUUGUGAAGCCCCUAAUAUGAAGAAGAAGCUUUGACUCUGGGAAAUUUGGAGGGUUUGGUUAUUCCUUAGAGAUGGCAGAGAAAGAUAGGGAUGAAGAAUAUGAUGAGACGGUGACGAUGACCACCAUUUCCCGGCACUGUUUCGGCGAUGAUUCUGAAAAGCCAAGCUUCCGCAUCUCCAUAAUUGAGAACAUGAAGGAGGACUAUGGCCUAUUCGUGUGGCCCUGCAGUGUAGUUCUUGCCGAGUACGUUUGGCAGCAGAAGAAGCGAUUUUCAGGAGCUAAUGUUGUUGAGCUUGGUGCUGGAACUUCCUUGCCUGGUUUGGUUGCUGCAAAAGUUGGUGCUAAUGUCACUCUUACGGAUGACUCGAGCAGAUUAGAGGUGCUUGACAACAUGAGAAGAGUUUGUGACCUGAAUAAACUUGACUGCAAUGUGCUAGGAUUGACAUGGGGAGUUUGGGAUUCAUCCAUAUUCAGUUUACAGCCGACAAUUAUUCUGGGGGCUGAUGUGUUGUAUGACUCAAAUGCCUUUGAUAACCUCUUUGCUACUGUGACAUUCCUGCUCCAAAAUUCUCCUGGGUCAAUUUUUAUAACUUCAUACCAUAAUCGAAGUGGGCAUCACCUUAUUGAGUUCUUGAUGGGAAAAUGGGGCUUAAAGUGUCUCAAGCUUCUUGAUGGGUUUUCUUUCUUGCCAUCCUACAAGGCAUCACUGCUAAGUGGUAACAUUCAAUUGGCAGAGAUAGCUCUUAUAUCAAAAGAUAAUGCUUGAGGUAGCUCAAAGUUUUAUAAUAAAAUUUUGGGAGUUUUCUUGGGUGCUGGUGCUGCUUUUAUCUAUGUUGUUCUUCUUCUUGCUUUCAGAAAAUUACAUCUCAUGUAUAGAUGAUCAACCAAUAGAAUUAGACAUGAUCAUUCUACAGGAAUGCCUCCUACAAAUGGAUAUCAUUGCUUUUCUGCCAUA